UCUGUAGGUCCUGAAGAAUGAAGAUUUGGAAACAAGGCCAUGGCUAAACACCUGAAGUUCAUUGCCAGGACUGUGAUGGUUCAGGAGGGGAACGUGGAAGGUGCAUACAGGACUCAGACCAGAAUCCUCACUACUGAUGGGCUUACUGAAGUCAUAAAGCGAAGGCGCUACUACGAGAAGCUCUGCCGCCGCCGCCAGCGGGAAAGCUAUGAGACAUGUCGGAGGAUCUACAACAUGGAAAUGGCUCGAAAGAUUAACUUCUUGUUUCGAAAGAACCGGGCAGAUCCAUGGCAGGGCUGCUAAGACCUGUGGAUAGAAGGCCCACAAUUCUAUGUCUAACUCUUCUUUAUGCAACCCCAUUUUCUGUUACCUUUCUCUUCAGUAAACUCAAUCACACAUAAACAAGAAGACUUGAACAUACAGAAGCUAUCUCAGUCCACAAUGAACCCUUUUAUUAAAAAAAACUAAUCAAAAAAUGGAA